GGCAGUGCUUGCUUGGGAUGGUGGCUGAUUUGGGACUGUCAGUGGAGCCCUCGCUGCUGCUAGCUAAGGGGAAUGGGAGCUGGGUCGGGGGUAACCGGAACCUGUGACUGAAACCGUGAUUUGUGCCCCCCCUCCUUUUCCCUUACCUCAACCAGAGUCCCCUGGGGAUCCCGACAUCCAGAGGCUGCCCGUACGCCAGGAAUGAUGAACAGGUUCAGAAAGUGGCUGUACAAACCCAAGAGGUCCGACCCGCAGCUGCUUGCUCAGUUUUACUAUGCAGAUGAAGAGCUCAACCAGGUAGCAGCAGAGCUGGACAGCUUGGAUGGACGGAAGGACCCACAGAGGUGUACGCUGCUUGUCAACCAGUUUCGCUCGUGUCAGGAUAAUGUUUUGAACGUAAUAAACCAGAUAAUGGAGGAAUGUAUUCAGCAUGAGCGGGCAAACCGAGAUUUUUGUGUGAAGUUUCCAGAAGAAAUUCGCCACGAUAACCUGGCAGGACAGCUUUGGUUUGGAGCAGAGUGUCUGGCUGCUGGCUCGAUUAUAAUGAAUCGUGAAAUAGAAAGCAUGGCCAUGAGACCUCUGGCGAAAGACUUAACCAAAAGCCUUGAAGAAGUUCGAAAUAUCAUCCGUGACCAGGCCCUCAGGGAUCUCAACAUGUACACAGAGAAAAUGAAAGAAUCCCUCAGACAUUUCGAUGUUCUGUUUGCAGAGUUUGAAUUAAGCUAUGUUUCAGCCAUGGUACCAGUAAAAUCUCCGAAGGAGUACUAUGUACAGCAGGAGGUUAUUGUACUGUUCUGUGAAACUGUAGAAAGAGCCUUACAGCAAGGAUACCUCACGCAAGAUAUGAUAGACGAUUAUGAACCAGCAUUAAUGUUUACAAUCCCCAGGCUAGCCAUCGUGUGUGGACUUGUUGUUUACUCUGAAGGACCACUUAACCUCGAUCGCAAACCAGAAGACAUGUCUGAACUUUUUCGGCCUUUCCACACAUUGUUAAGAAAAAUCAGAGAUCUUCUUCAGACCUUAACAGAAGAAGAACUGCACACUCUAGAGCGAAACCUCUGCAUAUCACAAGAUAAAGAGUUCCCAACCAGCUCAGACCCUGAAGUGCCCUCUGCCAUCUCUCCCGUCUUAGCGACUGCCUUACCAACCGAAGAGCCACUGACGGCAAAGGCUGAAAGCACAGAGGUAGAACUUGCCUGCUCUAUGCAGUAUGAUGAACAAGAGCUAGAGCAAAUUAAUAUGAUGGUUCAUAGAGUAGGUGAUGAGAUGUCUUCUUUACUGUCUCCACCAAGUGUCUGCCAGUCUCCUGCUCACCGGGGCAAUUCUAGCACAGAGGCCUCCCCAUGCAAACGCCCCAUAAAUAACCUCAAUGACGAGGAGGAUAGAGUAUUUUUCAUGGAAGACCUUGAUGGAACAGGUGACCAUCUGGCCAGGCAGAGAUCCAACGAAAAUACACUUACGUGGGUCAACACCAAUUGUUAUAACCCUAAACGGUCACCUCCAUCCCAAGACCGUGUUGUAGCAAAUGAGGAGGCUGAAAGUAGUGAUUCCAUGAAAGACUUUGAAAGUGAUUUAAGCAAUAACAAUAUCAUUGAUGGAAGUAAAAUACAGAUGGCUAGCACUUCCUUCCAGAACUCUUGUAGCUGUUUGGAGGCUACAGAGUCACAGUUAUACGUCAAUGGCUGGGAUGUGAAUGGGGAAGAUGCGGAAGCUGCAGAACUUAUAGCCCAUAGGACUGGUGGAAUGAAGAUCUCUGCCACUGUAAUAUUUAACCCCAAAUCACUUGCAAAUUCACUGUCACCAGAGACCUCACCAAAUCUAUCCAGCACCCGCGUUCCUGUUGAAUCUGAUCCGUUGACAAGUGCGGCAGAGAAUGAGUCCCAGAAGAUCAGCAUGGCUGCCACAAAUUGUUUAAUUAAUUCAUGCGUGUGCUGUGGGAGCUGCGAAGAGUCCAGAGAGGACAGCUUAGAAGGCCGGAGAAAUAUGCAGUCUCCGGGUAAAGUUAUAAAUACUUCUUACAGCUUAAUUAAGUCCAAAGAAAUGGGACACUUAGAAAGGCCAGACUGUGCAAUGUCUGCCAAGGAGGCAUUAAAACUGGAAAGCUCUCCCGUUUUGUUGUUGGAGAAGGAUACAGUUGGACAGGAGCAAAGGCUUUCCAAAUCCAAGUGCCUGGCACACAACUCAGGUUCACAACUAGGAACAGACAGCGAGUCCGUAGAGCCUGUGGGUGUCUCAACCCCUCUGGUGAAGCAAGAACCCAAACAGCCUGCGAGCGAAUUCAAAGAGAGACAGUCCGAAAGAAGAGAGGAGCCGGCCUCAGAUGAAACCCCAAAGGAGAAUAUUAAAACUACUACUAGUUCUCAGGACGGCAUGCGCGAUUCUCCCCUCAACUCCAUCUCCAGCAGUGACUAUGAGAGUGUUUCUGUCACUACGUGUAGUAUCUCCAGCAUAUGUACACUGAGCGUGAGGACCAGUUCCUUCUCAUCAGAUGACAUUGAUCAGGAAGAGAUUCAGCUGGCUCUUCGGGCUGCAAAAAUUGCUUCCAGACAAAAGAUCAGAUCUCGUUUCCACAGCAGUAAUGACCUCAUUCACAGGCUCUUUGUCUGCAUCUCAGGUGUGGCUGAUCAGCUGCAGACAAACUAUGCAAGUGACUUACGAAGUAUCUUGAAGACUUUGUUUGAAGUCAUGGCCACCAAGCAAGAAACAGAUGACAAAGGGAAACAAAAUAAAGUCAGUCAGGGUUUGAGGAACGCCACGCUGGAGGAUUGCGUUCUCUGCCAGGAAACCAUCUCUUCUUCAGAACUGGCUGCGAAAGCUCGAGAUGGAGAAUUUGAAGAUCCCCCUGACUGGGUUCCAGACGAGGCCUGCAGUUUUUGCACCGCUUGCAAAGCUCCCUUUACGGUCAUACGCAGAAAACACCACUGUCGGAGCUGUGGCAAGAUCUUUUGUUCCCGUUGCUCUUCCCAUUCGGCUCCGUUGCCACGAUACGGACAGAUGAAACCUGUGCGAGUUUGUACACACUGUUACAUGUUCCACGUCACCCCUUUCUACAGUGACAGAGCUACCAUCUGACACCGAUUGCCGGACCUCCACCAGGUCAUGCAUUGCAUUCAAUCUAGGCCAAGUAUUACAAAUGAUGGAAAAAAAACUGAUUGGAUGAUGUGACACCGUGCAGGGAGCAUGUGGGCUUUAAUUUAAACAUUAAUGUUUGUACAGAGAGUUUUUUUGAUUGCGUUUUCCGAAGCUGCUAAAGGGAUAAGUUGUCUUCAGUCUCUGUGUCACUAAAGUCUUCCAGAAGACCUGGCUCCACUAAAACACAGAAGCAACCUACUUCAUGGAGAAAAUAGGGCUAUCAGAAUUUAUUUUCAGCGUAUCACUGCUUACCUUAAGCAUUAAAAACUGA